CAGAGCGCAGUGACAUGCACACCGGAGUCACUUGUGGAUCUAAGAGUCGGGGCUGCCAGUUCUGCUUCAACAUGAUCCUGCUCCUCUCUCUGCUUCUUCCCCUCUGGGUAGAACCUGCUGUGUGUCUGGAAGACAACACAACUUUCACUUUUGAAGGAAACAUGCGACACCUGGCCGUGGCUCCUGACGGAGUUUACAUCGCCACGGAGGAGAAACUCUACCAGCUGAGCCACAACCUCACACUGCUGCACUGUCUGACUCUGAGGGGUUUGUCAGGUGGGGAGGUGCAGGGACCUGCGUCGCUUUAUUGUGCCUCAAAAAGAGAACUAUGGAAAUCAAAAUUCACUGUCAACGUGCUCUUGCCUUUUGUGACCAAUAAAACUCUGCUCAGCUGCGGCGUGGUAGACAACUCACAAGGCUACUGUGAAGUUCUGGACCUGAAGAACAUUUCUAAACUUCUGCACAGUGAACUGAUCCAGGUGGGGUCACUGGCGCACAGCAGUGCAUCCAUCAGCCUCCUGGUGGAACUGGAGAAAAACCCACCUCAGACGAAAACGUAUAUUCUGACUGCCAUAGAGUCCAAUGAAAAUCUAAAUGAUGUUUCUGAUUCAAAGACAAUUAAUCUGCAGAACACACUGGAAUCUCAGUCUGGAGGAAUAUUUUCUCUUUCUGGGGAACACGGCUCAACUCCAGUAAUUAAAAAUAAAGAUAGUGUAGAGUUUGUAGAUGGCUUUCAGAUCAACAAAACAAUCUAUAUCCUCUGCAACGUCUUGGUCAAAACAAACAAAGUCCGUCUUGUUUGGCUUAAAGCCUCUACAAGUAAAUCAGGAACUCUGGGAUCUCUGGAAGCCGUUACGCUCAUUGAAGGCAGCAGACUGCUGGCCUCCUCGGUUGUCCCAGGUGGAGAGCAGGUGCUUUGGAGCGGGGUGUUCUGUACGGACCGAGGACAGACCAACACCCAGCUCGUCCUGUUUGACAUUAGCCCUCCUGCCAACAAUAAUCCUGAUAAGGAACCAGAUUUCUACUACAAGGAUCCACCCAAUCAUCAGCAGGAAAAGAAGCGGGGAGGUAAGACUGUUCUCUACAAGCAGAACAGCAUGACGUCUGUUCUGGCUGUGAGACAGAAGAACUGGAUUGUUUUCUUUGUCGGGACGGCGGAUGGACAGCUCAUUAAG